AUGGAAGCAAUAACAAUGAAUGUGUUAUGCGAAGAUGUAAUGCUCAUUAUUUUCGAAUAUUUGGGCACAAACGAUUUGAAAACUUCAACUUUAGUUUGCAAAAGAUGGAACAACAUUAUUGGAAAUUACGCUUCAACAAUGCGGAAAUUUCCUUUAGUUCUUUCUGAAACUAAUUUUAUGGAAAAAGAAAUUUCUAAACUGAAUCGAAAAUAUUACAAAAUAAAAUUGUAUUGGUUUGAUCCUGAUGACGAAUUUGUUGAGAAUAUCGCAAAGCACUUGUCUCAUAUUCAAUGCUUUGAAAUGGAUUGCCUAACUUUGAGCGUAAACCAAUUCAUAAAAAUCUUCAACUCAUUGAAAAUGUGCAAGAGUCUAAUGUUAUGUUCUGUGUUCCUUACAAAUUCGGAUAAUAAGUAUGAGGCUAUUAUUACAUCAGGUUCUGCAAAAUGUGUAUAUUUUUACACAAAUGCUUUGAAAACUGAUUGCAAGUUUCUGGAUAUUUUAAAAGCUCACGGAAUCUCGAAUUUCAAAUGUAUUUCUUAA